GUUCAGACGACAGCGUAUCAUCCGGCCGCUAACGGCAUGGUGGAGCGUUUUCACCGCCAGUUGAAGGCAGCGCUACGUGCGCACGCAGAUCCUUCAUGGUCUGAAACGCUUCCCCUCGUUCUCCUAGGCUUAAGAAACACGGUUAAGACUGAUUUCGACGCCACACCAGCGCAGCUAGUCUACGGUUGCACGCUGCGGUUGCCCGGACAGCUGGUAGCACCAGCCCCAUGUACUUCCACUUUUGACUACGGAAGUUACACUGAUCGAUUGGCUCACCAGAUGCGUGAGUUACGUCCACCCGCUCCUCGAUCGCAGAAGACACCAGUGUACGUGCCCGAAAAGCUGUCUACGUGUUCACACGUCCUUCUUCGCGCAGACGGUGUUCGACAGCCUCUUCAGUCGCCGUACAUAGGACCCUUCAAGGUGCUGCAUCGUGCGAGUAAGGCGUACACUAUUGACCGCGGUGGUCGACACGAAGUCGUCACCGUCGACCGUCUGAAACCCGCCUUUAUGGAAGAAACUACCUCGCCUACUUCGUCUAGUAGUGCUUCGUGCGACGUCACAACUCAUCGCACCAGCUUACAGCAUCCUGGUCCAGUUCAUCCAGACCACGAUCUCGGUCUACAAGCCGUUCCAACAUCUCCCGAAUCUAGUCCGCCGCCUCCCACGACCAAUCGCCGUGGUCGGGAGGUACGUAAGCCCGUCCGUUUCUCCGACUUUGUACAGUGUAAAUAUUUUUAGCUUUGUAGAUAUUGUAUAUAUUUGCCCCGUUUUUGGUCGAUCAACGUUUUGAAAACAAACAAAAAUAUCAAAAAACCUCCGAAAAACCUUUUUCGAAAAAAAUAUUCAAAAACCAAAAAAUAUUUAAACACGCAGAUCAUUCGUUUGUUCUUUUUGGCGUUUUCUGCGCGUGUUUUUCUAUUUUCUCGUCUUUACAUGCCCCAACCCUCCCCUUCGAUCGACUGGCCCACACGAGGAAUCUUUUCGAGGACCCUGACGCGAACACUGGUCGCUUCUCCGCGGGACGAGGAUCGCUUCUCCGCGGGACAAGGAUCGCUUCUUCGCGGGACGAGGAUCGCUUCUCCGUGAGACGAGGGUCGCUUCUCCGUGGGACCGUGGUCGUUUUCUUCGUGGGACGAGGGUCGCUUUGGCGCGGGGCGGGGUGCGGCGGGGGGAGAGACCACUCCCAAGCGCACCGUUUGGCAGCAGCGGAGGUUGAGGUCCUGUCGGCCUUUUUCUGGACUAGCCAGUUUUUUGUAGUCCGACAAGCCCGCUCCAACGGCUCGCCGAAAUGCACCCUGCCCUGCAUUCAAUAAAUAACGAAUCAUAAACGGCACAGCGGACUCCGACUUCUGAUGAACCCCCAUUUACACGAACGCACGCCCAUUUUUACUCGGCACGAUUUCGCCUCACGAACCC